AUGAGAAGAAAUCCCAAUUGGAAUGUGGGGCAACUUCAAGAUGAGUACCAAGUGUACAGGGCAAGAAAAUUGGCUAAGAAGGUCAUUGAAGGUUCAUACAAGGAACAAUAUGAGAGAUUAUGGGAUUAUGCAAAGCAAAUUAAGAAGACCAACCCUGGAAGUACUGUGGGUUUCUUAGAAGUGUGUAAGCCUAUCGUAAGUGUUGAUGGCUACCACUUAAAAGGACCCUGGUCAAGGCAGAUCUUAACUGCAGUUGAUGUUGAUGGAAACAAUGGCUAUCACACAGGACUUGGUUUGAAACAUUUGCUAUGGCCUGCUGCGAGGGCAGCCACAUUGCCUUGGUGGGAAGCAGAGAUGGAUAAUAUGAAGAAGAAGGAUCCAGAUGCUUGGGGUGGCUAA